AUCUUGUUUUUCAUUUAAUCUGUCAAAGUUGUCAAGAAGGGAAGGCGUUGUAAAAUUUGUUGACCGGUUUAUUUAUAAUUUUUCUCUCUAAUAGGUUAAUGAUUGGUGUUGAAUGUGUUUAAAAUUAUGUCUCCUUUAUAAAUACGUGUUAGUGAUAAAGUACACUGCGUAGUUCUAGGUAUAAGCUGACAAGGACGCAGCAAAAAUGAGUGUCAUCAUAAGGCUUCAGAACCUCCCGUGGUCCGCCAAUGCGCUGGACAUUAGGAAUUUCUUUCGGGGCCUGUCGAUACCUGAAGGUGGAGUUCACAUCGUAGGAGGGGAGCUUGGAGAUGCUUUCAUUGCGUUCAGUACGGACGAGGACGCGCGCCAGGCCAUGAUGCUGGACGGAGGCAAGGUGAAGGAGGUCCAGGUGCGGCUGCUACUGAGCUCGCGCUCCGAGAUGCACAAGGUCAUCGAGACGGCGCGCCAGACCGUGCCCAUCAUGAGCCUCACCGCCCCUGCCCCCGCGCCCGCGCCCACCCCGGUAGUCAACCCCUUUGCUGCGGCUUUAGGGAAUGUCACUGUGGCAAGCCUGGGGAUCCCUGGGCUAGGCAACCCGCUAGAGAUACCCCAGCCCGCGGUGAUAGAGCCCCCCGCGCCGCUGUCGCUUAGUCCACCCCUGAUAAUUACUCCCAACGAGCCGGAGAAGGAUGAGGAUGAUCGCGCUGAGAAUAAGAAGAACAAGGAGAGGAAUAGACGUAAUAAGUCCGACUCGCCGUCCCGCUCGCGCUCGCGGUCUCGAGACAGGAAGGACAAGAAGCGCGACAGAAGGGACAGGUCCCGCGACCGGCGGCGCCGCGACCGCAGCCGCAGCCGCAGCCGCGAGCGCCGCGGGGAGCGCAAGCGGGACUCGCGCCACCGCUCCCGCUCGCCGCGCCGCCGCGACCGCUCGCCCAUGACCGACGCCAAGCGCUCCGUGUCCAGCACGCCCGCCGCGCCGCCCGCGCCCGACCUGCGCGCCGACGCCGGCAAGAAGCGCCAGAACAACUUCCAGCCGCCCGAGCAGAACGGCGGCGGCGGGCGGUUCAACGGCGGCGGGCGCGGCGCGGCGCGCGGGGGCCGCGGGGGCGCGCGGGGCGGCGGCGGGGAGCGCGGCUGCUGCGUCGCCGUGCGCGCCGCGCCCACGCACACCAGCUACGGCGACGUGCGCCGCUUCUUCCCCUUCAUGAUCGACAUGCACGGCAUCAAGAUGAUCAACGACCGCCUCGGCCACCGCACCGGCAACAUCUACGUGCGCUUCUGCGAGGCGCGCUCCAAGAACCUGGCGCUGCAGCGCAGGAACAACCAGCUCAAGGGGCAGGACGUGAUCGUGGAGCACCUGUCCGACGACGAGUACGACGCCGCCGUGGACUCCUUCCUGCCCUACCGCGAGGAGGAGCCCGCGCCGCCCGCCCCCGCGACCGCGCCCGCCCCCGAGCCCGCGCCCGCCCACACCGUGCUCAAGCUCACCGACCUGCCCAACUUCGUGAAGGAGCACGACAUCAUCAAGGCGUUCUCCGACUUCUCGCUGCUGAGUAUCAUGCUGCUGGACGACCGCGCCACGCGCAGCAAGUUCGCCUUCGUGCAGUUCGUGAAGGCGGAGGACGCGCGCCUGGCCUGGGAGCGCCGCGAGCGCCUCGCCUUCGGGCGCCGCGUGCCCACCGUGGCGCCCGUCAGCGACCACGAGUACGAGAUGGAGAAGUGCGCCGCCGCCGCCGCCGCCGGCGCGCCCGCCUCCCCGCCGCCCGCGCCCGCCCCCGCGCCGCCCCGCGACCCGCGCCAGCGCCCCGCGCCCGCCGCGCCGCAGCCGCAGCCGCCCGCCUUCUUCCCCGCGCCGGGCGCCUUCCCCCCGCACGCCGCCUUCACCCCCGCGUUCCAGCCGGCGCAGUUCGGCGGCUUCCCCCCGCGCGCCGCGUGGCCCGAGCCCGACGACGACGCGCUGGACUGCGUGCUGGUGAAGGGGCUGCCGCGCGACGCCACGGACCGCACCAUCGUGGAGUUCCUGGCGGACACGGGCGCCGUGCCCGCGCGCAUCCACCUCAUGCUGGAGCCGGGCGGGGAGCCCUCGGGCGACUGCUUCUGCGAGUUCCGCAGCGAGGCGGAGGCGCGGCGCGCGGCCGGCAAGCACGCGGCGCUGCUGGCGGGGCGCCGCGUGAGCGUGGACCCCGUGCCGCGCUCCGUGCUGCAGGCGGCGCUGGCCCCCGCGCCCCCCGCCGCCGCCGCCGCCCCCGCCGGGCCCGCGCUGCUCGGCGACGGGCCCCUGCAGAUGCCGUUCUUCGACGGUCCUCGCCAGCCCUUCAGCCAGCGCGGCGGGAACAGCUUCCGCGGCCGCGGCGGCUUCGACCGGCAGGAGUUCAACGGCAACGGCUCCAGCGGGCGCGGCGGCGGCUUCGAGCGCGGCCGGUUCAACAGCCGCGGCCGGGGGAACUUCGACCGCAGCGGCGGCAUGAACAAUAUGGGCGGCGGAGGCAUGGGCAAUAUGGGAGGAGGUAUGGGCAAUAUGGGAGGAGGUAUGGGCAAUAUGGGAGGAGGUAUGGGCAAUAUGGGAGGCGGAGGUAUGGGCAACAUGGGAGGUAUGGGUGGAGGCAACAUGGGCGGUCGCGGAGGGCGCGGCUCGUUCGACUCCCGCGGACGCGGGCGAGGCUUCUCUCGCGGCCGCGGCGGUUUCGACUCCGGUCGGGACUUCGACGGGCCGCGCGACUUCGACGGGCCUCGAGACUUUGACUCUGGGCAGAACAUGAACGAUCACAUGGACUCUCCGGACCCCACUCUAGAAGAGUUCGGCGCCCCGGGCUGCGUGGUCACAAUGGAAAACGUUCCGUUCCGCGCCAGCGUAGAUGAAAUCCUGCAAUUCUUCGGCGAGUUCGACCUGACGCAGGACGACGUCAUCAGGCGGUUCAACGAGCGCGGGCAGCCCACGGGCGACGCGCGGGUGUCGUUCCGCACGCCCUUCGACGCGCAGCGAGCCUGCAAGACGCACCACCUCGACACCAUCCACGACCGCCGCAUCACGCUCAACAUACUCUAGCAAAACGACUGUAGUGACUAAACUGGCAGAGUGAGUGAACUCUAUAGCCAGACGUCUAGUGACGUCAGAGUGAACUAUAGACUAUUUUAGUGAUAGACUGGUGAGUUUCUGUGUUGGAGAACAUUGUGUGGUUUGACGUGGUUGUUACUUGGGUACGCACUUUACGCACUGCGGCUGAUUUAAUAAUUUGAUUGAUUGUUAAUUAAUCUACUGAUGAUGACAAUGAUAUAGAGAAAGUAACAUGAAUUGUGUUCCGUUGAUGACGUAGCUACGGGUAGCUACGAUUGCCUUUAUACAUGAAACUGAACUGUGUAUAGAACUGUAAAUGUUAAUUAUUAUAAUAAUUUAGAGAUACCUACCUAUUGUAAUUUCUAGACUUACGACAAAGAAAAAAUAAAAAACGUAUUUUAAAUUUUAUGUUUUAUUUUACAAUUAUCAUCCUUCAUCGUUUUUAUCGCAUACAAAAGAGAAUGCUCUGCAAAACAAUGUUUCACAUUAAAUAGUAGAUAUUUUUAUUACAGAGGUCUCGCUCUUACAUACACAACACUUCACUGUACACAACAUUUACUUGCCUUGUUAAUUGUAAUAAUACACAUUCCAUAUGCCUACUGAUAAAAAUAUCAAUCGUAAGGGAUUUGCUUCUUCUAUAGUUUAUUAGUACAAAAUUCCCUUGGCAAAUUCACACCCAAUUUAUUAGAAAAAACAGAUUUAGCAAUUCCCCAUAUUUAGUUAAUUAACAACACUAGAAAAUUACAAAAAUAAUUACUUAGAUUUAAAUAAAAUAACACCGUAUCAUUUAGUUAUAAUGGAAAAGAAAAAUGCAAAUAGGAUAGAGAUCAGACGAAAUUUUGUUCAUAGGAUCUGAAAAGUUACACAGGGGAAGAAACAAAUAACUUUAUUUUGUGAUGAUUAUACACAUAAUAUGGUUUUGCGUUGCGUUUUACACUUAAAGAACUAAAAAAAAAUAAGAAAACACUUUCUUUCGAAAAUACAGGAGUACUACAAAAGUAGGUACAUAAAAAAAUGCCAUUUCAAACCAAGUGCUAAAAACAACUUUUCGACUUAUCCUACAACAUAUUAAUAUUUAAGCUUUUGUAAGCAAUAACAUCUUUGGACAAUACCACAUCCCUGCUCACACACUAUUGCGGCUUUGUGAAUUUUGACAAUAUUCGAACAAACAUUUAAAAUCGUCGAAAUGUAUGUGACCCGUUUUGACAACUGCUUCAUUAUUGUAUUUACUUUGGUACAUCCAAUUUGGUAAUCCUUUGACGAAUACAUAAAAA